GCCAGUUCCUCUCUCACCGAGCCGGGCCUGGGCGCCUCCCGGCCGACGUUCUGCAGCUAGUAACGUGCUGCAGGCCGGGCACUGUCCCCCAAGCAGUGUGCCCACAAGCCCGGGCCACGCGUCCUACGACCCGGGCCCGCAGCUGCUUCCCAGGCGGGCCCCGCAAGGCUAUCCCGUCGCGUGCUCAGCUUUUAACCGAAGUCACCGUGGAGUUCCGCCGCCCCGAAACUUCCACCGCGAGCGAGAAAUAUGGGAUGUAUUAAAUCAAAAAGGAAAGAGAAUCUGAAUGACGAUGGAGUAGAUAUGAAGACUCAACCAGUACGUAAUACUGAACGAACUAUUUAUGUGAGAGAUCCAACGUCCAAUAAACAGCAAAGGCCAGUUCCUGAAUCUCAACUUUUACCAGGACAGAGAUUUCAAACAAAAGAUCCAGAGGAGCAAGGAGACAUUGUGGUGGCCUUGUACCCCUAUGAUGGCAUCCACCCAGAUGACUUGUCCUUCAAGAAAGGAGAAAAGAUGAGAGUUCUAGAAGAGCAUGGGGAAUGGUGGAAAGCGAAGUCCCUUUCAUCAAAGAGAGAAGGCUUCAUUCCCAGCAACUAUGUGGCCAAAGUCAACACCUUAGAAACUGAAGAGUGGUUCUUCAAGGACAUAACGAGGAAAGAUGCAGAGCGACAGCUUCUGGCCCCAGGGAACAGUGCAGGAGCUUUCCUUAUCAGAGAAAGUGAAACUUUAAAGGGAAGCUUUUCUCUUUCGGUCAGAGAUUAUGACCCUGUGCAUGGUGAUGUCAUUAAGCACUACAAAAUUAGAAGUCUGGACAAUGGUGGCUAUUACAUCUCUCCACGGAUCACCUUUCCCUGUAUCAGUGACAUGAUUAAGCAUUACCAAAAGCAGUCUGACGGUUUAUGCAGAAGACUGGAGAAGGCAUGUAUUAGUCCCAAACCACAGAAGCCAUGGGAUAAAGAUGCCUGGGAGAUCCCCCGGGAGUCCAUUAAAUUGGUGAAAAAGCUCGGCGCAGGACAGUUUGGGGAAGUCUGGAUGGGUUACUAUAACAACAGCACAAAGGUGGCUGUAAAGACCCUCAAGCCGGGCACCAUGUCUGUGCAGGCAUUCCUGGAAGAGGCCAACCUCAUGAAGACCUUGCAGCAUGACAAGCUAGUGCGACUCUAUGCAGUGGUCACCAAGGAGGAGCCUAUCUAUAUCAUCACCGAGUUCAUGGCCAAGGGUAGCUUGCUGGAUUUCCUUAAGAGUGAUGAAGGUGGCAAGGUGCUGCUCCCAAAGCUCAUUGACUUUUCAGCACAGAUUGCAGAAGGCAUGGCAUACAUCGAGCGGAAGAACUACAUCCACCGUGAUCUGCGAGCUGCUAAUGUCCUGGUCUCUGAGUCACUCAUGUGCAAGAUUGCAGACUUUGGCCUGGCGAGAGUCAUCGAAGAUAACGAGUACACAGCAAGGGAAGGUGCGAAGUUUCCUAUCAAGUGGACAGCUCCAGAGGCCAUCAACUUUGGCUGCUUCACUAUCAAGUCUGAUGUGUGGUCCUUCGGGAUUCUCCUGUAUGAAAUCGUCACCUAUGGGAAGAUUCCCUACCCAGGGAGAACCAAUGCAGAUGUGAUGAGUGCGCUGUCACAAGGAUACCGAAUGCCACGCAUGGAGAACUGCCCGGACGAGCUCUAUGACAUCAUGAAAAUGUGUUGGAAAGAAAAGGCAGAGGAGAGGCCGACUUUUGACUACUUACAAAGUGUCCUGGAUGAUUUCUAUACUGCCACGGAGGGGCAGUAUCAGCAGCAACCGUAGUGGGUGUGGAGACCAGCCCAUUGUAGUUAGUAGGAAAAGCAACCUCGGUGGAGCUAACUAUCUCACGCCAGGACCCUCUGUGUUCCUGGUUCCUGGUGGACAUGAUGAAUUAACUCAGGAAGAACAACCUGGACACAGGAUGCUGUUUCUUAAAAGGUUGGCCACUGCUCAAUGUGACCGCAGUCAGAAUACAAAUACCUGCUCUGUCCAAUAUGCACACUGGCUCUACAUGGGCCAAGUGACUCAGGUUCAGAGACUGUCGCAACAAAUUCCCAGAUGCAGCAAGAACUAAACUCAUUAGCAAAAAUAACCCCCCGUGCACAGCAGGUGCUCCCUUACCUUCUCAAUGCUUUGGCUUACUUUCUUAAAAACUACUAAUCUAGCCUGUUAGAUUUUACAGGUGAAGCCACCAGCUUUAAAAUGUCUUUUCUAAAUCUGAAUGUUUUUUGCUCUGGAAUUUGAUUCCUUCUCACCUCCCACCCCUCCCCCAGAAAAUAAGACUAUUAAACAUUUCCCUUUGUGGUAAAAUCACUGGACAGGAGGCAGCACGUGCUGACCCUGCAGGAGCGCUAUGCGCGCUAUUGCAUGGGCACACAGAAGGACCACUGCUGAACUGGAUCUCUUUGGAGCUACACCACUGCCCAGACCUCCCAGCGAAAGCAGGAAAGCCUCAAGCUCUGCUCUGUAGAGGAAUGUUUUUAAUGGUCUGGGUAUUUCAAUUACAGGAUUCUCUAAAGGCUUUUUUGAUGGUGUCCUUUAGGAGAAAUAUAAGUGUCUGUCUAAUCUAUCAGGACUUUAUGAGACCAUUCAAGAACACAAAGCAUUUCUCUCAUUGCCUCAAGUGACUCGAACGUUUUAUAAAUCAUAUAUUUUAGUUGUACUCUAAAAAAGUUAAAAUGUCAUAUUUGGAGCUAUUUUUGUGACUCAGUAAUCUUUUCUAAAAUGUGUAAGAUGUGCGAGAGACUAUUUACAGGAAGGAAGCAGGCAAUCAUGAAGAAACCUCUGGUGAGCAGAGCAGUUUUGUUACCUGGGUUUUCCACUGUAAACUCCAAUUGGAAACUGCUGUGUCUGCCCCUUUCACUUACGUUACUGUGUACAUACUUAAUAUUUCUAUUUUUGAUUUUAUUUUAAUACACCCAAUAACAUCUUGAGGUUUUCGUCUUGCAUAUCAGAUUUUCACCUCUCGUCCAUGUAUGAAAAGAGUCAGUUGGUGGAGAAAGGGCAGGAAAUCAUUCUAUACAGUCACACUGCAUGAACUUGUGGAGGUCACACCUCCACGGCUGGAGCAUUUCAGGUUGGAAAGCUGAGGAAUUGAUGGCCUGGGUGACCAAGGAUCUGUUUUUAACAGGCUUUGCAAGCACCAUUAAAAUUGUAAUUUGUA